UUAAAUAUUUGUAUAGAUAACAAAAUGUCUGACAAGUCGUUGAACGAAUUGAAGGUUGAGGAUAUGGAGAAACUAGUUGUGAGUGAGCAGAAAACUCCUGGAGGUUUGAAGUUGGAAAUUGUUCUAUCCCCUGCUCUCAAACCAAGUCCUAAACCUGCAUCCGUUCCGUCCUCACCUGCCACCCAGAAGGAGAUAGAGGAGAAGCUGGCAGCAGCUAGUGGUAGGAGGGAGAUGCUGGACAAACUCAGAGCAAAGAAUAUAUCUGUACAGCUCGCCAAGGUCGAAACCGCAAAGAUAAAGAAGGAGGAAUUAAACACUGAAAAAUCUCAAAAAUCCAAAGAGAUUCUGGAGACUAAACUGGAGAACCAGGAGAAGAACCGUCAAGCGGAGAUGAUAAAGAACAAGGAGAAGCUCGCAGAUAAGCUGGCUAGGGUUGAACGACUACAGAAGGAUCUUGAAAUACAAACAGAAGCUGCUAGAGUGUCUGCUGAAUGCGCUCUUAAAGCUAAACUUGCCAAGGCUCAAGAGAAGAGAGAUGAACAGCUGGAGGAACUUGUCAAUAAAAUGAAAGAACACGAGGAAUAUGUUGCUGAAGUUCGAUACAGUCACGACAAGCUGUUCCAGGACCAGGAGAACAAGGUUGGAACAACCCUCAACCUCAAGCUAGAGAAGGCAGCUAAGGAACGCGAAAGAAAAGAGCAGGAGUUGAAAGCUAAGCUUGAGGAGAGGAACAAGAAAGCUGAGAUGGUUCGGCAGAACAAGGAGAAACUCCAGCUAGACCUGGGACCAGAGUCAGCUUAAACUUCACCUAACCUUUCAGUAUUAAUUUGUGAUGUCCCGGAAAUUGUCAUCUGCAGCUUUAACUUUAUAUUUACACACAUUCUUGUAACAGGGUCAGAAAUCCGAGUGAAACUAAAGUAUUUUACAUAUAUAUUUUUAAUCGUUGAACAUGGUACGGUUUUAUUCAAACUGUGAAUAUAUUUUAGA